CCUGCAGGCACAUGGGCUUGUCCUGCUGACUUUUACAGUCUGGGUGUUGAUGCGCCAGAGUGAAGUUGAAACUCGAAAGAAGCUGAGAUGGAAGGGUAGCCGAUAGUGGGGCCCCAACGGGACAGGGGGUUCGGAGAUCACACUGAGCCCACACCCCCUGAUUGGUUGAGGAUCAUCGUGAAACCCUGGCGGUGGAUGGUUGUCCCCUAAUAGGGGAUCGUCGUUGAGGCUCUCGACGAUAUCGAGGGGUCGACGCCCCGUAAGGAGCCAAUAGAGCGAGCACAGCCGUCGCGUUCGAAGAGGGGACUCCGGGGUAGCGAUGGCACCAUACAGUCCAGUCUCAAACCGAAGACCAUCAGACUUGAGACGAAUGGCCGUGUGCAACUCGGUUACUCGGAUCGUUCUCGUGUUCUCGGGCGGGUAGACAUGUCUACCUACACGGGACUGGACACGCAGCCGGCGACAUAAAAGCGCGGGAGAUCCUCGUUUCGAUGAUCGACAUUUGGCCGCUCUCACCACUUCACUUCUCGAUCUCCAUCAUCCUUCUGGGCAAGGGUUUCUUUUCACUUCUUCGAUCAUUCCUUCGUUUUUGGCCGGCACGAGACUUUUAUCCUUUCCCGUCGAUCGUCCUGACUUGUGACCAACGAGUAUCUGUUAAUUCUUCUUUCGUUUGUUAAUGAUUAAUACCCACCCCAAGUCGGAAUUGUAAUUUCAAGUCGUCGAAGAAAGGCAAAAUGCGCGUAGCACUCCCCCUCGUUGCGGCCAUCGCUAGCACCGCUGUCGCGGCGCCUGUGACCGUCCCCUUGAGCGUGACCAACAUCGGCCAGGCCGCACCGAUCGCCCCGCGCCAGAACGGAGCGUGCUUCAUCAUCGGGAGCAACACGCUUCCCAAAGAGACCUCCGACAUCGCUACGAGACUCGCCUCAUCCGUGACCUGCAGCAGGUCCGCGACCACCAUCGCCGGCGUCCCCGACGUGACCUUGGGAUCGACCACCUACUCGGACAUCGACUUCUCCAAGUCAAGCCAGUCGCCGCUCGCCUUCGCUCUAUCGCAGUUCGCCACCGCCACCCCUCUGGCCAGCACCAACCUCCAGGACUUCGAAGAUAUGCUUGACGUCUACCUGGCCACCGAGGCCGGCAUCCGUAGCGUCGGUGGCUCCCUCGCUAUCAAGGUUCCCAAGUUCUUCCUCGAAAUGCAGGUCAGCCGCAUCCAGACGGCCCAGGGCAACCCGCCCACCGCGGCGGGGCUUCAGGUCAACCACCUCCGCGACAAAGUGCUCAAGAACGCUGGAAGAGAGAGCCAGGCUCUCCUCGACCAAGUCACGCGGCUGGCAACUCAGUUGAGCUAAAGGGGGGGAUAGAAGAGCUACCUAGGUAGCUUGGGGAUUAGCUGGUCUGCAUGUAUGUAUAAGUGCCCAUCCAUAAUCCCUCGUGGCCGAUAACCACCUGUCCGGCCAAAACAUGAA